GCCCCGCGCGCUAUGGUCCCGCUCCCAUGGCGACUCUCUCCCUGGCCCUCGCAGUGCUCGUCGUAUCCGCGGGCUCCGCCCUCGCACAGCUCUCAGUCCUACAAUCCGUGCUGCAGUACUACCGGUCGGCAGUCAGCAUCCCCCCGGGCGCCACCCCGGACACGGACGUGUUCCUAAAGGAGUACGACUUCGUGGUGGUAGGCGCGGGGUCCGGCGGCUGUGUGGUCACCAACCGACUGACGGAGGUCCCGGAGUGGUCGGUGUUGCUACUAGAGGCGGGCAAGGAGGAAAUAUUACUGACCGACAUCCCCAUACUGGUGUCGUACAUCCUCGCCACCGACUACAACUGGGGCUACAAGACGCAGCCACAGCGGGGAAUGUGCAUGAGCAUGGAGAAGAAUCGGUGCAACUGGCAUCGAGGAAAGGGCAUGGGUGGCACAAGCAUCGUCAACUACAUGGUGUACACGCGGGGUAGCAAAAAGGAUUUUGAUAACUGGGAGAAACUCGGGAAUCGUGGUUGGUCCUACGACGAUGUGCUUCCUUACUUUAAAAAGUCAGAAAACAUAGCUGUGCCUGUCUUAAAAAACUCUGAAUAUCAUGGCACCGGUGGUUAUUUGAAUGUAGAUAGAGCCCAUUGGGGCACCCCUUUAGGAAAGAUUUUCAUAGAGGCUCUUAAAGAAAAGGGCUACCCUUUGAAGGACAGUAAUAAUCCAAAUCCGAUCGGGGUAUACCCUGUGCUCUCCACCACCAUGAACGGCGCCCGUUUAAGUGCGUCCAAAGCCUUCAUCCGCCCAAUCAGGUCGAGGAGGAACUUAUACGUCGGUAAACAAGCGCGGGUGACCAAGAUUCUUAUAGACUCCAGAACCAACAGAACUUUCGGGGUGGAGUUUGUUAAAAAUCGGAAAACAUAUGUAGUGCGUGCUCGAAAGGAAGUGAUUCUGUCAGCGGGUAGUUUAAAUAGUCCGCAGUUACUUAUGUUGUCUGGCGUAGGUCCCAGAGAUCACCUAGACGAGCUUAAGAUACCAGUGAUUAAAGAUUCUAGAGUCGGGUAUAACCUGCAAGAUCAUGUUUCAAUGGCAGGAUUGGCUUUUCAAGUGAACGACACCGUUACCAUAGUAGAGUCGAGAUACCAAAGCCCACAGUACUUCUUCGACUAUCUCCUGAAUGGCAACGGCCCUUACACCAUGCCAGGAGGUGCAGAGGCGGUGGCGUUCACCAGGACCAAGUACAACCAGGAGAGUGAUCAGCCCGACAUGGAGUUGGUGAUGGGUCCGGGCAGCUUCAUGGGCGACACUGGCGGCAGUCUGCGUCAGAGCUUCAACAUACGACUGGAUGUGUUCAAUAGGAUCUACGGGUCUAGGAUGGGUCAGGAUGGGUUUGGAAUCGUCCCUAUCCUACUACAGCCCAAGAGCAGAGGCAGAGUUAAGCUCAAGUCGAACAACCCUUUCCACUGGCCUUUGCUCUACCCCAACUACUUCUCAGACCAAAGGGACGUGGACGUACUCGUUGAAGGGCUAAAACAGGCGGUGGAAAUAGGGGAGAGUUCCCCGUUCCAGAGAUACAGAGCCAGGUUGGUCCGUAACCCCAUCCCUGGCUGUGAGGCACAUACCUUCGCCUCGGACCAGUACUGGGCGUGUGCUGUCAGACACUUCACUACCAAUCUGCAUCAUCAGGUGGGCACCUGCAAGAUGGGUCCAGCCAGCGACCCCGACGCCGUGGUGGACCCCAGAUUGAGGGUGUAUGGUGUGUCUGGACUGAGAGUGGUGGACGCCUCCAUCAUGCCGGUCAUCCCCACGGGACACACCAACGCCAUCAUCUUCAUGAUCGGCGAGAAGGCGGCGGACAUGAUCAAACAGGACUGGCUCAAUAACAAGCGUCGUCGCAGCUAUGGCUAGUGACAACACUCCACAUGCCAGCUCAGCUUGCGUCCCAUCACUACAUCUGGGAAUCGAACAUGAUUCAUUCACUAACCCCACAUCACGAUAAGCCAACAACUUCCAUUACCGUCUUGUGCGUUGUUCAAGUCACGUCGGAGGAUAAUCAGGCCUGAUUAACAUAAUUUCCGCUACACAGUUUCUUCCUGAACGCGUUGAAUUUAUUUCCCUCAAAUUGAUGUACAGUAUAAGUUAUAGCAUUGAUAUAACGAUACCUGUGUGGGUGACUCAAUUGUUACAUCAAUGUUUUUUCUAACUUUACUAUGGGAAUGGAUUGUCUGGUUGUAGUUGUAUCCAUAGUCAAAAGUUGUACAGGUAGGUAGUAUAUUAUACUUAACUUAUACACUCAACACUUUAAACGAAAUUUCAAUUCGUCGAUCAUUAAUGCAAUCUUAAAUAGUUUUUAACAUUGUACAGCUCUUGAAAACAGACGACGUUGUUCACUGUUUAGCUCUUGCUGUGAACUGUUCAAUGCUAUGGUGCACAUUUUAAAUUCCCGAAUAAAAUAAAUUUCCUCAAAUAUUAUAGAUUAAUUUCAUCAUCAAACAAUACUAUUCUUAGUGCCAUAAACAUAACAGUGAUUUGGCCGUCUAGUAAUUAUUAACAAAAAUCUUAAUGUGCAUACAGUAAUUGCCAAUAUAUUACAUGAAAUAUGUCUAAGUUAUUGUACAUUUUAGGUGCUUGGCAACAUUUUUAUUAACAGUAUAAAUUUAAAUAAAUAUUUGUGUGCGGUUUAAUAUUACUCGUAAUAUAACUUCUCGUAUGUUGGUAGAAUGUUACAAAGUUUCUAAAUUAUCUGCGUUAUUGACUUUAUGGUAGCCAUUUGUCCGCUUGAUGCAUAUAACUAUAUUAUCCACAUAUUACUAUUGUUAUCCGCCUCUACUAAACUAACAAAUGCGAAUAAUUUAGUAAACAGUUCUUUUACUUGGUAUGAUGCAACUUCAAAAAUAACCAUGUAAUAAUAUUGAGUUAUAAUCAAUAUAUAGUCUAGCCUCUCCUUGUUAUGCGUGGCCAGUAAAAUAUUGUGCAUUAUUUUAAUGUACUUCUUAAGCUAGUCAAACGUAUUGAUAGUAUAUUACGUUACUAGUCCUGAAAUAAGUGUUUACCGGUGUGUGGUCGUUCCCGUGCGAGACGAAGUUGAGUGCGGGAACGACCACACACCAGUAAACACAUUUUGGACGAGUGACGUACGAUAUUUUACGCCACACUACUCUGUUUUAACGAACUUCCCACGCAAGGAUUUAGUCCAGAAAACAGCUGUUUGCCACCAGCUCAAUAAAAUGGUGUUUCGUUCACGGCCGCCUUUAACUCCAGGGCGCGUCCUGGUAGAAUUGGUAACGUCGCAAGUAGGGUUGUUUAGUGUCAGAGGCAGACAUGUGACAUCAGCUCAUUAAUUAAUACAUAAGGAUUUGUACAGAUUUUUUAUUGUUAAGACAGCUUAGUAGUAUGGCGUAGAAAUAGUUACUUUGUUUAUGUAUUUUGUAUUUCAUAUAAUAUUUAACUGUGAUGAUAUUACUUAAGUUUUUGCUAAACAAGUUAUUUUAGUUUAGCAUGUUAGUUUAUGAUAAAUUCUCUAUAAUACAAAUAAUGGUGAAUAUAUGUAACCAUCCAAUGAAGGGUUACCUUACCAAUCACUCUGCCAACCAAUUGCUGUUAAAAUGGAAGAUAAUAUAGUGUUCCCUAUUUUUACCAGUAUUUAAUUUUGAACCACAAAAAAUCUGUUCUAUUCUAGAGUGUAACUUAUUAUUUUGCUACAUCUCAACAUCUCAAACUUUAACUCAACAUAAAAAAACUCUUAUAUUCAUUGGCAGAUUUCUUUGUCUGAAUUGUUAACAAAUGGUUAUGUCCAUGUUUAAAACCCGCAUUUUUAUUUAGUUUUUAGCUUUAAUAAGAAAACCCAAACACAUUAUUAUGGUAAGUGCAAAAAUAAGUUGUAUAAGUCAAUAGUAUAAUGAUUUAACAUGUGUAAGCAAAACUACAGUUAGUUGUAAGAAAUAAAACAUUUUAUGAGUAUAUUUUUUCUUGUAUUUUUCCUAUAAAUUAU